GAAAUCAGAGAGAAUAUAUAACGAUAUUAUUAUAUAAUGUCAGAAUAUAAUAUAUUUUAACAAUCGAAAAAUUAUUUAGAUCAGACUAUAAAAUACGAUCUCCUAGAUUUGCAUAAACAUGCGCAUAAUAUUUUUUCUACGUUUUGUAUACUUCUUCCGCUUACUUGUAUUUUUUAAUGUGCGAAUGUAUACUAUUGUUGUAUUAAUCAUAAAUCACAAUGCAUUACAUAAAGCAUUGGUUGCAUACAAAUAUAUGUAUAAUGAUACAUUCCACCGUUCCAUCAGAAAAAUCACAUUCCCAGUUGAAUCACAAUGCAAUGUUAUCGAUCUUAUCGAAUUGUGGUUUAUAGUCAACAAUGACGGGAAUCACGCUAGCUUUAUAAAUUACUGUGGCAACUAUCCAUCACAGAUAAGAUCCACAAUUCUGCAAUUGCAGCGACCAAUCAGUUAUCCGACUGAUAUACAGCUUAACACAACUAGAAAACUCAUGGAAUAAAACCAGUAAAUUCGCGAAUUCUACUGAAGGAAUACAUUCAAAUAAAUAGAUAAACGUGUAGGAAAAUGCAUGCACUUUGUUGGCGAAAGACUUUUCGACAGACUGUGAAAUUUUCAAAAUUUAAAAAGCCCUUCGAAAGUCGAAAGGACAGUAAUCAAUUUUAUCGCCUUUUGACACACCAGCGUAAACGUGGUGUUCUGGGUGAGAUCGAUGUGUCGCUGGAUGAAAUCCCGCGUUUUGACAAGGAUCCAGAAAUACGAAAAUUAAUUGAAAAUGCUAUUCUGGACAACAAAUUUCUGGGAGACCUCGAUAAAAAUCGUAUUGACAAGAUUGUUGCGGCCAUGUAUCCCUCAAAAGUUAAAGGCCAAACACGACUCAUUUCACAGGGUGAUACAGGAUCUCACUUAUACGUUUCCGAGAAAGGAACCUUUGAGAUCUACGUGGACAACACGUUUUAUGGGAGUUUCGGAUCUGGCGUCGCUUUUGGAGAAUUAGCAUUGUUGUACAAUACGAAAAGACUAUGUUCGAUAGAUGCACAAACGGAUGGCAAAGUUUGGGUCCUGGACCGAAAGGUCUUUCAUGCUAUAAUGCAGGGAACCGACGAGGAGUGCACGCAAUAUAAUAUACAAGUUCUCCGUCGUAUUUCUGUGUUACGAGCGCUUCCCGAGGAAGUUCUUUUGAAAAUGUCCGACUUAAUAUCCAUCGAAUUUUAUUCCUCUCAUUCGUACAUCAUACACGAAGGAGAUCCGGGAGAUAAGUUCUUUAUAAUAAACGGCGGCAACGUCAGGAUCACGAAAACCAAUACAUAUGGCGUGGAGGAGGAAUUGAUGGUACUUGACAAGGGCGAUUAUUUCGGUGAGAAAGCUUUAUACAAUGACGGCGAUACUAAACGACAAGCUAAUGCCAUGGCGCUACCACCUGGAACCGAAUGUUACACGAUCGACAGAGAAUCCUUCCUAAACUACCUCGGUGGUCUAGAGUCGAUCCGAAACAAAAACUGGCAAGUCUACCGGCGACCAACGAUCGCGGAUGCCUGGGAUGUUUCAUUUCGCGAAUUGGUCUUAUCAGACUUGGAAAUAAUAGGAACCAUAGGUGCCGGCGGCUACGGUAGAGUGGAAUUGGUGACUAUCAAAUCGAUGCCAAACAUUAGCUUCGCCAGAAAGAAAGUGCGCAAGAACAUGAUCACACAAAGAGGAUAUCAGAAACUGAUCUACAACGAGAGACAGAACAUGAGAUUGUGCACCUCUCCCUUCAUCUGCAAAUUGCACAGAACAUUUAAGGACAACAGAUAUCUUUACUUCCUGACGGAAGCAUGCCUCGGCGGUGACCUGCGAACAGCUAUAUAUAGAACAGGCCGAUUCGACAAUUCGACUGCCCAAUUCAUCAUCGCUUGCGUCGUAGAAGCACUCGAUCAUCUUCACACGCUCGGUAUCAUUUACAGGGAUUUAAAACCAGAAAACAUCUUGAUUGCAAAUAAUGGCUACAUAAAACUCACUGAUCUUGGAUCCAGCAAAAUGAUAGGAGCCUACAAGACAAAGACUUUCGUGGGAACUCCCGAAUACUUAGCACCUGAAAUUAUUCAAGUUAAGGGAUACAACAGAGCCGUGGACUAUUGGGCCUUAGGAGUCUUAAUAUACGAACUACUUCUCGGCCGAACACCUUUCCAGGACACGAAUGACAUGGAGGUGUGCGAGAAGAUCCUGAAAGGCUUCGACGACGUGCCCAUACCGAGUGUAGUCAAAGCAUCGGCAAAGAAUCUAAUGCGACGCCUCCUUCAGUUCAAUCCGACAAAGAGACUCGGCUAUUUACGAAACGGUGCUACGGAUGUGCGAAAUCACAAAUGGUUCAGUAACUUUGAUUGGAAGUCACUGCAGAAUCAAACAAUGGCCGCUCUUAUACAGCCAUCGAUAAAAAGUCAUGUUGACAUGAGGAAUUUCGACAAGUAUCCCCAAGAUCGCGAGCCUGUAUUAAACGAUUUUUCUGAUUGGGAUGCCAACUUCUAAUAUAUAAUACAUAAAUUAUGAUAAGUUUUUUUUAAUUAUAUAUAUGUAAGCAAUAGAGCAAAGUGUAACUGAAAAGUCUUCUUUUUUACUCAUAUAAUAAGAUAUUAUUGUGAAUAUAAAUAUAUAUUAUUACUAUAAAGAAAUGCUGCUUUAACGUAUAAUAAUAUUUAAUAUUCAUUAUCCAUUAUUCAUCUAUUUCAGUAUUCCUUACAAGCAGUAGCUUUAACCGUAAAAAGACAUGCAUUAUAAAUAUAGAACCAUUAAUAAAUUGAUUUCUAAAUGCGGACCAUAUGCGACGCGUGCUUUCAUAGUUAUAAAUUCAUUUAAUUUGUUACUAUUAUUUCAUAUCAAAACGAAACAUCUAUUUGCGAUAAAAAUCUCUUUAUAAUUGUUGAAAUUUGAUUAUUUCCUUUUACAAAUGUGCGAGAUAAGGUAUAAAUAAAUGUGUUCAGUAUUUCAAUAAACAAAAGAAAAUGUAUAUAUAUAUAUAAUUACGAAAAAUAUGUAACAAUACAUUCAAACAGUUUCAAAUAAUUAUAUAUCAAUCACAUACAAAUAAGCAAGAAAAUAUACGUGUGAACCUCAAAGUCACAAGAAAAGAAGAUACAAAAUUAGCCAAUGCUUUGUUCAAGCAAAGAAUCUCAUAAAUCAAA